UGGACGAACGUUCAUUCCUUCUUACAGAGAGGAAGAAAGCUCCAAAUCAACAGAAAGUAUUGCGCACGCUAAGGUAAAGGCAAAGGCAAACGCAAACGCAAGUAAAACAACAAAUUCAAAAUCAGCUGAGAAACCGAUGCAGACGCAGCAGCAGCGGCAGCAUCAAGAGUAAGAUUAGCGAAACGUGAGUUCAAAUUGGCAUAAAGUGUACUAAAAAUCAAGGCGAAAAAAAAAAAACUACGAAGAGCAGCGAUUGCCCGACUCGUUUGCUCUCUUUACUCAACCCAUCACUAUCUGUCGCAUAUACACAAGGAGUUGUAACCCAUCAGCUUAAAAACCCAAAGGCAACCAAUUCGCUCUGUAAUGGCGCAACUUCGUUCCCUCAACCCCUCACGUACAACAAUUCAGCUCGCGUACUAUUGCCGCAACGUUGGCAGCGUCUGUAGCGGCAGCCGUAAUGGUCUUUUGGGGAGUGUAACCGAAUUUUAUAGUAGCAACAACACGAACAAGAACAACCACGGUAAAUUUAGUCAGAAAAGAAGUUUACAUACGAUAUGCGCCGGCGCCAACGUCAACUCCAACGGCAGCAAAAAUGCAGUGCAGCGCUGGCAGAACCCUAUCCUGAGCGACGUUCGCUGCCUGCACUCGGCCGCGCAGGACAAGCAGGCGCAGGUGUCAGUUGCCGAUAGGACGCAGCACGUCCAAUCAAAGGAAGAGGGCGUCAAGCCACAGCGUGACCCGCUCGACGUCAGCUUUAACGAUCCAAUUGCGGCAUUUAAGAGCAAAACAACAUGGGAGCUGGCGCGCGCCUAUUUGGUCUACAUGAUCUGCAGCAGCGAGAAGAUCGUUGAGCAUAAUAUGACGCUUAUGAAAUGGACAAACAAAAUGUUGGGUAAAAAAAUAUUUACAGCAUUGAUGAAGGCAACAUUCUAUGGCCAUUUUGUCGCUGGCGAGGAUCAGAUCAAGAUUAUACCCACCCUGGAAAGACUUCGGUCAUUUGGCGUCAAGCCCAUCCUUGAUUAUUCCGUCGAAGAGGACAUCUCCCAGGAGGAGGCCGAGAAGCGUGAAGUUGAAUCUUCCGUUUCGAGCGCGGGUGAUAAUGAAAAGGAUGCUGGCGCCCUGCCCCAAUAUCAUGUGGAUAAAUCUUUCGCUGAUCGUCGCUACAAGGUGAGCAGUGCUCGCACCUAUUUCUAUCUCAACGAAGCGACCUGCGAGCGCAACAUGGAGAUCUUCAUCAAGUGUUUGGAGGCUGUGUCGGAUGACGAUGCAAAAGAGCCACGUCCUGCCUCCGACGGCGCCACCUUCGGAACCGGCAUCACCGCCAUCAAGCUAACUGCCCUCGGCCGUCCCCAGCUGCUGUUGCAACUGUCGGAGGUCAUAAUGCGCACACGUAAAUAUAUGGAGGCACUUGUCGGCGGUCAGGGCAAUGUGUUGACCCAUCAUAAGACCAUCAAGGAUCUCGAGAAGUAUUAUGCCAGCGUCGGCGACAACAAGGAUGUGCAGCAGUUCUUAAAGAAUGUCACGUCCGAUAAGGAGGGCAUAUUGCAUCUGUUUCCCUGGUCUGGUAUUGUCGAUGAGGACUCACAGCUGAGCGACACAUUUCGCGUGCCCGAUCCACUGACUGGUCAAAUGCGUCGAUUGAUCUCACAAAUAUCGCCCAAAGAGGAGGAGAUGUUUAGAAACAUGAUUCGUCGUCUAAACACAAUUGUAAAGACUGCCGCUGAGCUGGAUGUGCGCAUUAUGGUUGAUGCGGAGCAAACGUAUUUCCAGCCAGCUAUAACGCGCAUCACUCUGGAGAUGAUGCGUAAAUACAACAAGGACAAGGCCAUAGUAUUCAAUACCUAUCAAUGUUACUUGCGUGAGACAUUCCGUGAGGUGGUCACAGAUUUGGAGCAGGCAAGCCGACAGAAUUUCUAUUUUGGUGCCAAGCUGGUGCGUGGCGCUUAUAUGGAACAGGAACGUGCGCGCGCCCAGGCGCUGGGCUAUGCUGAUCCCGUGAACCCCAGCUACGAGGCCACUACCGAAAUGUACCACAAGACCCUGGCAGAGUGUCUCCGACGCAUAAAGGUACUGAAGGAUUGUGGCCAAGAUGCACGCAAAAUUGGCAUUAUGGUUGCGUCCCACAACGAGGAUACGGUUCGCUUUGCCAUCGAGAAUAUGAAAUCCAUUGGCAUCUCACCAGAAGAUAAGGUCAUAUGUUUUGGUCAAUUACUGGGCAUGUGUGAUUACAUUACCUUCCCGCUGGGUCAGGCAGGCUAUUCGGCCUACAAGUACAUACCGUAUGGACCCGUUGAGGAGGUGCUGCCAUAUUUGUCGCGUCGUGCCCAAGAGAACAAGGGUGUGCUAAAGAAGAUCAAGAAGGAGAAACGAUUGCUUCUCAGUGAAAUACGUCGUCGCCUUUUCCGCGGUCAGCUCUUCUAUACGCCGAAGGGCAACUAUGUACCCAUCUAAAGUGGAUGCACCGACAGAUGAAGACACGCCAUCCA